GCCACGAAACCGAAGAAUCUGAUACUUCGCUGCACGUUCUCUCCAAAUCUUCGAAACCCGUUUUCUCACGGCGGCGGACCGGACAUCGCUUCCUCCAUCGAUGCUGUCGCCGCCUUCUCUCCGACGUCUCUCCCCGGCCGUCGCUUCCGUGCCUCCUCUCUCCCACCCCCGCCUCCGUCACAACCCUCUUCCCAUUCUCCCCUGUCCUCGGUCUUUCUCCAGGCCUCUUCUUCGAGUUCGCGCCAUUGAUGCUGCUCAGCCUUACGACUACGAAUCGAGGAUGGCAACUCGUUUUCACAAUGCCCAGAAGCUCAAAAUCGCCAUAAUUGGUUUUGGGAACUUCGGUCAAUUUCUCGCCAAGACUAUUGUUCGUCAAGGUCAUACCGUAUUGGCUCAUUCCCGAUCGGACCACUCCGAUGCGGCUCGUAAGCUCGGGAUUUCGUUCUUUGCGAACCCGGAUGACCUUGCGGAAGAGCACCCGGAAGUAAUUCUGCUCUGCACGUCGAUAAUCUCGACCGAGAGUGUUCUCCGAUCGUUGCCAUUGCAGAGGUUGAAGAGGAAUACAUUGAUAGUGGAUGUGCUUUCGGUUAAAGAGUUCCCUAAAAGCUUGUUGAUGGAGUUAUUGCCUGAGGAUUUUGAUUUAAUUUGUUCGCACCCGAUGUUCGGACCCGAAAGCGGCGGGAAAGGGUGGAAUGAACUGUUCUUCGUGUACGAGAAGGUUCGAAUUGGGUUGGACGAGUCUAGGGUUUCGCGUUGCGAGAAGUUUUUGAGUAUCUUCGAGAGGGAGGGAUGCAGAAUGGUGGAGAUGAGCUGCGCUGACCACGAUAAAUAUGCGGCUGGAUCGCAAUUCAUUACGCAUACUGUUGGGAGAAUUUUGGAUAUGUUAAUGUUGGAGUCUACACCGAUUAAUACUAAAGGAUAUGAAAGUUUGCUGGAUUUGGUGCAGAAUACUGCCGGAGACAGCUUUGAUUUAUACUACGGGCUGUUUAUGUAUAAUAAGAAUGCGUUGGAGAUGAUGGAGAGGUUGGAUUUGGCUUUUGAAGCAUUGAAACAACAGCUUUUUGGGCGGUUGCAUGAUGUGGUGAGGAAUCAAUUGUUUGGAUGUGCUGAGAAAUUGCGAACUUGGCCAGAAAAUCCUCAAGACGGGGCUUCUCUUGCACUGACAACUUAUUCAGAAGCUACCAGGUUUCAGGACUUUUCUCCAACUUAUGACUACAAGGCUGCAAAACUUGAGGAAAAUCCAAAGCUCAAAAUUGCGAUUGUUGGAUUUGGUAACUUCGGUCAAUUUCUUGCCAAAACAAUUAUAAAACAGGGUCACACUGUGUUAGCCUACUCAAGGUCAGACUACUCAGAUGUGGCUGAAGAGUUGGGUGCUUCAUUCUUUUCUGAUGCGGAUGAUCUAUGUGAAGAACAUCCAGAAGUAGUUCUUCUCUGCACUUCCAUUCUUUCAACGGAGAAAGUUCUCAGGUCAUUACCCUUUCAGAGAUUAAAGAGGAAUACGUUGUUUGUUGAUGUACUUUCAGUGAAAGAAUUUCCAAGAAAUUUGUUUCUUCAAGUUUUACCCCCAGAUUUCGACAUCCUAUGCACCCAUCCCAUGUUUGGGCCAGAGAGUGGUAAGAAUGGGUGGAAUGAUCUUUCCUUUGUUUAUGAUAAGGUACGAGUGGGAAAUGAGGAAUCAAGAGCAUACCGUUGUGACUGCUUUCUUGAUAUAUUUUCAAGCGAAGGGUGUCAAAUGGUGGAAAUGUCAUGCUAUGAUCACGACCGGCAUGCAGCAGGGUCACAGUUCAUUACCCAUACAAUGGGGAGGGUUUUGGAAAAGUUGAAUUUGAGCUCUACACCAGUUAACACCAGAGGUUACAAAACCUUGUUGGACUUGGUGGCAAAUACUGCUGGAGAUAGCUUUGAUCUUUACUAUGGUCUGUUUAUGUACAAUGCAAAUGCCAUGGAGCAACUAGAGAGGUUGGACCUGGCUUUUGAAUCAUUGAAGAAGCAGCUCUUUGGGCGUUUGCACGGUGUUCUUCGGGAGCAACUUUUUGAGAAUACGAAAGACAACUUCAUAGACACACGGAAAGUUCCCAUGAUAGAGCCAUACCAGAACGGCACUGCUCUUUUAUCCUUACCUGAUUCUCGUGAGCUUCAUUAGGAGUCAACUUUCCCUUUCACUUCUUGUUUGCUGUUCGCAUACGCUUGCUUAAAGCCUUACUACGGAAUCAGCCAUGUCAGAGGCAUGAUUGGUGAUAAGCAAACUCUUCCAACAUCUCCAUGGCAGCACGGCUACAUUCUCAUCCCCAGUCUGGUCAAUCUGAAAACAAAAAGAUUUGUCUCCAAGGACGCCCCGAAACUGGUAUGUACCAAUAAAGCCGCUGCAGGGAGAAAGAUGAGUAAUUAAGGUGCAAUCUAGGAACUUUAGGAAAACUAGAUCAGUUUGAUAGUUUACAAAUUGUCAUCAGUCAUCCUAGAUGGAACAAGAUAAACUAGAAAUCAUAGUAGGAAUAAGUUUUGAUUAGAAAUUGAGGAGUUGUGGUUCAUUUUUGGAUUCUUUCUUCCUCCCUAUGGUUGUCUUCAGUAAGAUAGAAAUUCAUGUUGUACCAAAUAUCUAUACAAUAAUCUUUUACUUCAGAUUCCUAGUAAGUUGAGUUCCUUUGACUCUCUUUAUUGUUUAUGAGAUUUUUUUUGCCC